AUGUCUACCGAUAACCAGCAACUUGGGAGUAUUGUUGCCUUUGAGGGUCAUGUAGACACCAUAUCUACACAACUGCGGCUUCUUCCUACGUCGCCACAAAUCCUGAUCCUCCCCAACAUCCAGAGCUACAUCUCAAACGAGGAAACGAAUUACCAGUCCGACGUUCGUCUUUAUGUCAAGAGAAUACAUGAAGCUGCCGUAGCUCGUCACGAAGCUGCCCGAGCCUUCUUGCAAGGGUCAACACCAGCGAGCAAGCGAUUAGUGUUUAUGAAUGGCGGUACUCCAAGUGCUCAAGCCCUCUGCAUCAAGGCCAUCGUGGAUCAGGAAACAGAUGGAGACACUAACCAAGCCGAGUCUUUGUUCUGUCAACUAAUCAAGGAUGGGGUUCUAGGUCUGGAAAGCCCGGUCAGAGACUGGAGAAGGCCAAGCAUGUCCGAUGAUGUUGAAGGAAAGGGCCUUGAAGACGAGCUUGAAGAUCCCAUAACACGGGCUAUGCGAGCUGCUGAUGCGCUGGACCGACAAACAGCCAGCCUCCAACCCUCCACUGAAGUCGACCUCACUCUCACACCACGCCCUCGGAGCAACAGCCUGCCACUUUAUGGCUAUGAAGAUAAUUUUGGGGACGAUGCACCAUUUUUUGUUUUCGGCGCGCAGGACAAAGACGAGAGUGGGAACGCAGUUGAAGAAGCUAAAGGCUAUUCAUACUCACCUCAAGCAUCCAGGUUUUCUAUUACACACUAUGACCGGUCUGCUGAUCGUAUCUACCGCAACAUUACUCACUUACAGUCCCCAUCUUUGAAAACUUGCUUUUUGGCGUCCCCCAGCUGUGUUGGGGAAUCCUACAACUUGAUGGGGGGUACUAUAUCACCAGGUUUUGAAGCUUUGACACCGCGUUCUGAUGUAUUGAGCAUCCCAUCCACAGAUAAUGUCGUGUAUGGAGAAGCCUCAUUACUGGACAUGCGAUCACCAAGCCGCAGUUCUACCCUGUCACGAGUUAGAUCCUUGGACAGAAUCUACCCGGCCACUCCUAAACAGCGGGAUCUUUGUAUUCCCACAGCCGCCGCCGAGCUCACACGACCAUCGGAACUCGAUGCGGAAUUAGAAAUGUCCCAGACACGCCGAAUGUCUAGAAUGACGUCUCCUAGCAGACGAAGCUAUAUCGAAGCGCCAAGAACUGUCAUUGUCAAGAACAAUCUUCCUGUCAUCAUGAUGGCUCCUGUCCCUUUGGAGAAAAAGCGUAAACCUGCAAGGGCAUCGUACGUGGACAGAGGUACAGAUGCGAAAGGUAUGCCUGGAUCAAAGGAGACUUUCGAGCCAGUAUUGCCUUUGACAGAAGACCUGGUGGUUCAUUUGAAGGAGGAAGUGCCCGACCCUCUACUCAACUCCGUUGUUUGGGGAUUUAAGACCAACCAUUUUUCCACUUUCCUUCAAUCGCCCACCUCUGAGACUGACGAAUAUCAUGCCUUGGUCCCAGCAACACCUAAGUCGCACAGCAUCACAGGUGUAAGUUGCAUGGAAGAUCAGCUUCAAAAUCUGCCUGUUAGCAAAGUAUUCGACUCCGAUGAAUAUGACCCAUUCGCAUACAACCAGUCUUCAUGGCUUAAGCGAAAACCCCUCCCGAGUCUGCCUAAAGUCACAGUUGAACGGCCACCAACGCCUAUCAAAACCCCUCCGCUCCUGGUUCCGGAUGCGGAUAACAGGAUUCGUGAGCUUGAAGUCAACGGCCAUCAAACGGCCAUCACGGUCCAAAACUCACUUCGUUCUGUCCUCCAAGAUUACUUCCCACCGGAGACUAAGGGCUAUCGCCAGUUUCAAUUCCCUCUUUUGCCCGAGCUCGAAGGACUGUGGAAGCCAGUGUUCUGGGACAAUGAGCCUAAUAGCUCGCAGGGAUCCUGUCAUCGCAUCGAUCAGAUUUUGGCUAUAGGGGCUCAACGAGGUGUGAAGAGGGACUACACUUCCGCUGUAACAGGGCAGCUUGAAAAGAUAGGAACCAAGAAUAGCGGUAUGAGCCGUAGUGGAAGACUGGAUUUCAGGUACCUUCUUGCGAACGCUAUGCAAGCCUAUACGGCACAGCCCUUAACUAGCCAGACUAAGGAUAACCCUUUUGCCAACUCAUUUCUUCUCGCGACACUCAUCAUUCCACAUCUCGAGACAUACCUUGCACUCCAUACUGAAGUUAGAUACCUACUCCUCGAGUACCCGCCCGAGCACCUUUCUACAGUGUUGGCCCUUCAAAAACUUGUUGGUGUUGACAUGAUGAAGGUAGCCCAGAUCGUCGAUGCUAGUAGCAAGAACAUGCCGUUCACUCACUUGCGCGGUAACUCCAUCACCGGCCCAGAGCAAGGACCUGUAGGCCGGUUUGGAAAGACCUUCCCACCCAACUCAGGGUCUGGCUAUGAUAUUACGGUAUCGAAGGCCAACUUUCUCCUUACGUCAAGCGCUAGCGAAGCAGAGAUCGCAACAUUCGUUGCCACUAUCUCUAACAUUCUCUCCAAAGUCUCUGAUUACUAUGUUCCGGAAGGGCUUCCUAAAAAGCCCUCACCAAAUAAGCCCAAAUCGCCGGUUGUUACCGGAACCUUUUCUGCGUUUCCACGCGUAUCGCCAGCUCCUUAUAACCCAUCUAUGUCGCCAACAAUCGGCGGCCCGAUAGGAGCAAUACUUCUAGGUUCACCUGCAAUGUCAAGUCGACCAUCAUCCAUUGCUGAGACGGUCAAGACCGCGAAAUCGACUAAGAGCAAACAAAGCCGGGCCAAGUCGAAGCGCAAGCCCGCUGACGCUCGAUCGAUCCUUACCAUGUAUGUUGAUGAUAGUGAUUGGGACCAGGAAGACCGGCGCAUUAUGCCACUCCUGGAGCAGAAGUCAGAAGGGCGAAAGGGAAAUUCUCACAAGGCACUCAAAUUCCUUGGCCUGUCAUGA